AGCAUUCGGGUUUUUUCACUAGCUCCUUUAGAAAUAGAAGCACGCGGAGAAAAAGCACAGCUCGCUUAUCAAAGUGCUCUGAAAGAUGGAGCUGUUAAUGUUUUCCGUGGUCGAGUAUUGCUUAUUGGGCAAGAUCGAGCAGGAAAAACAAGUUUGAAGAAGUCUCUCAUUGGUCUACCGUUUAAUUCAAAAGAAAAAAGUACUGAUGGAAUUGAAGUGGAUCCAUCAAAAUUUCAGUUGGACGUUGAUGAAGUCAGGAAUUGGCAACCUAUUGAUGAGAGAAAACAAGGGUUGCUAGGAUGCUUGAAAGAUGUGGCACAGAUGGUGGUGGAAAAGAUGAAUGAUACUUCAGUUAACCGUGAUUGGGUUCAGGAGGAGGAAAGAGGUGAUGCGAUUCUUCAAAAUGAUUAUAACAAGAAUAGGAAACAGGUUGGUGCUGAUGCAGAAGAGGAAGAAGUUACUCUUGUGAACCAGGUUUGUCUUUGUUGGUUUUAAAAUGUGAUGUUUGUUCGUGAAUCCUUCGUUACGUCAAUAAUUUCCUAACAGUAAUUGCCCCCGCAGGGAUUUCGCCCAGAAGGCGAAAUCGCGAGGAGGUACUCUAGUAACUCGCGCGCAUAUUAAGGAAAGUACUUACAGUUGAAACAUACAGUCAUACAGUCAGUAUAGAAAAAGUCUCGAUUUGCUUGAACAGGGGCCGCGAGGAAUCGGUAGGUAAUGAUGACGUUUCUAUUGUUUGCGCCCGCAAGUACGAAAUGGUUAGGAUGACGUUAAGACAGAACAUCCCCAAGGGAACGUUUAUGUAGAUUUUGUGACAUUUAUUGUGCGGUCAUACUUCGACACUCUUUUACGUUACGUGUUAUCAGUGACAUUCUGUGGAGCAGUUGUUUCAGUGAAAGUUAUGGACCAAAAUUUUAACGACACUCGUUAAGCGCAGAAGAAGUUAUAAGGUGCGUAUAACUGUGUAUAUAUAAACACUUGGAGAGUUUGCCAAACACGAGUUCCCAAAUCUUUCAUUGGAAACCUUGCCAGACACUCUUUCUCUCUCUUUGACCGGAACAAGACUCAGCCCCAAGCAAGCAGGACGAGUGAACAACGGCUAGCUUCACACUAGCAGAACGAUGGACGAUUACAGAAAUUCGCCGACAAUCAAAUUCUGUGCUGACUUAUUCCCUGCUCACAGAUGUCCUUCCGCUAUAAAGUUUAAAAUAAGACUAGAAUGCGCGAGAUUGAAUUGAUCAAACGUCCUUUUAAUUUCUAAGGCUUCCUUUCCGGGAAAUAAAAUGAACUGAAUGUAAAAAGUGAAAGAGAAAUAGCGAAAAAUUCAACUUCUAAUGAAAUCUUUUCUUAUGGUUUAGAAUAAACUAUUCUCGAAACUGAGAAUGUUUUGAUCAAAGCUAUAUAAAUCGACCUGAAACUGUGCAUGGAACCUUGCGUUUCCUGUAUUUAUCUCACCUAUUGUAUGACAUAUGUGUGAAAAUCUUCAUUAUGAAUCGGUAUAUUUCAAAGAGCUACACAACGAGCAAGAAUGCUAUUGACCGACAAUAUACAGAGCGGGGGCAGCUGUAGUGUCAACUAUUACUAGUUAUUAUGAAUUGAUUAUUGCCUUCAUAAGUUAGGUUUUAGUGAGAAACUCACCACGGCUUCCCUGCCUUUUACUACGAUAUCAUUAUGGAAAAUAUGUAAUAAUUGCCAGAUCGUGGUUUUUUUUUCAGUGCUGGUUAAAAAUUUAGCAUUUUUAUACUUGUCUGAUAAGUUCAGUUUCGAGUAAAGAAUGAUAUUACUAUCAACCAUUUUGUUAUAUUUCCAUGAUUGUACCCAUCUACACAUAAGCUUAGCCUUUGGGUCAUUAGUGCGUAUGCAAACCAAACUGAGUAUAACCGUUUCUUUAUUUAUACUUUUAAGUGUUAAUUAGUCUUUGAGUAUAGCUUUCGCUAAGUUUUUUUUUGCCAAUCACAAUUUCCCUACGCUGUUUUCCUUUUUAUGCGAGGAGCAAGGCCAAAGGGUUGGGGGGACUCAAUCAAACACCAUAUUUCUAUAUAUUCUUAAAUUUACUGUUCCUUGAAAAAUGCAGGAGCAUUUUAAUGUUUUGGAUACUGUAGUGUAUACUAUGCUAAUGCAAGCGCGUAGAAGCGAGAGAAUGAAUGUGAUGUAAUACACACGGGAAUUACGUAAUUUGCAUGUACUAUAGAUAGCGUGUGUUGUAAUUUAUUCGAGUCAGUUAGCGUUCUGAGUUCGGAGUGUAACGGUCGUGAAUAAAGUGUGUUUUAACCUAACCGCGGUACUACAUUGGCGACGAGGAUAUUUCGAGGAUAUUUCGAAGAUUUCGCCGAGGGUUUCAAGAGUUUCGUUGAAAAUUUCGCUGUGGAUUUCGUCGAGGAUUUCGUCAAGGAUUUAUUUCAGCGAUGCCGGGAGGCGGUGGAUCGGGCGAAACUAACGCGACAAGCGGUACUACGAGCGACUUGUGAUUUUGGCGCCGGCGAGGAUGACUACAUUCGCGAUCAGCUCAUAGACAAGUGUUAUUCGAGCCAUUUACGCCGGAAAUUUCUGGAAAAGGAAGGAACUGUUACGUUAGAUGAAUUGUUGCGUGUUGCAAGAUCCCAAGAAGCGGUUGAUCGACAACUGAAGCAAUACAGUACCGACCAAGCAGAUAACCAGGUCAAUGCAGUGGGUGGCAGGCUGUAUGGAAACAAAAAACCCAGAAAAGCAAAGACGUGCUUUAGCUGCGGACAAGAAGGACACUUCAGUCAAGACAAAAAGUGCCCGGCGCGUGGUCAAACUUGCAGGAAGUGCGGCGAAACAGGCCAUUUCAAAGUUAAAUGCCCUCGACUCCAUCAGCUAAGCAGGACCCAUUCGGGAUCUAGAGGACCUGAGAGUAGCAGAGGCGGACGCGGCAGAGGAGGCAGGAGUGCUGGUGGACUGGGUCGAGGUGGACGCGGACGCGGAGGGCGAGAGACGAACCUCGUGACUGGAAGACCUAGCCCUGGAGAAGAAGACAAAGGAGAUUUCGCUACACCAGGUCAUUCGCAAAGACCCGAUUAUGCCUUUUCAGUGGAACAGGUGAAUGAUCGCAAGGAACAAAGGAGCGCUUUGGUAACGCUGGUCAUUGGUGGUGUAGACGUACGCGAUGUUCUCAUUGAUUCGGGAGCUUCAUGUAAUGUUAUGGGCCAGCAGACCUGGGAGUUGUUAAAGCAAAAGGGGAUUAACUGUGAAUCUCGCAAAUCUGCAAAGGAACUUUUUGCUUAUGGUGGUACAGAACCUUUACCGACCCUAGGAACGUUCACGGCAGAUGUCACGCUGGCUGGGUUUGAAAACGGAAGUAAUGCUGAUUUUGUGGUGGUUGAAGGCGAUGGUCGCACGCUGUUGGGCCGAGAGACUGCCGAGGCGCUAAACCUGUUGCGUAUUGGUCCUUUUCAGACAAACAGUGUUGACGGUGGGCGAUCGGACGGGGAUGUCAGAGAGAAAUACAGGGCGCUUUCCAUUUAGUCAAAAUUUCCGGAAUUUCCGGUUCGGCGGUAAAUGGAACACGUUUCGUCGGUUCGUCCCACUGGAAAAUUCCCAGAAAAAGUGGAAAAUCUAAAAAGGUGGUCCCGUUUUCCCGGUUGGAAUUUCCGAACGGAAUGUCGUGUUCCAUUGACGUUUCUUGUAGUUUGUACCAGUUCCAGGUCCACGGUCGGGCACCCGGCCACGUACCGGGGUUUACGACCAAAUGGAACAACUUUUUACCGAUCGGAAAUUCCACUUUUGCUACCACCGAAAUUUCCGGGUUUUUUUCGUAAAUGGAAAGCGCCCACAAGCACUUGUUUAGUGGUGUUGCUCUUUUGAAGGGCUACGAGCUUAAGCUACACAUUGAUGAGUCGGCGAAGCCUGUAGCGCAGCAUGUACGCAGGAUACCGUUCGGGUUACGCGAGAAGGUGGAUGCAAAGCUGGAUGAACUUUUGGAGCUUGACAUUAUAGAGGAAGUGCCGGAGGGGCCGUCAGGAUGGAUUUCGCCGUUGGUGGUGGUUCCCAAAAGCGAUGGCGACGUAAGAGUCUGUGUUGAUAUGCGUCGUGCAAAUGAAGCAAUCGUCCGAGAGCGUCACCCAAUUCCAACCGUUGAGGAGCUGUUACACGACUUGAAUGGCAGUACGGUAUUCAGCAAGAUAGAUCUCAAGUGGGGUUUUCACCAGAUUUUACUCAGUGAGGAAAGUCGCCGCAUCACUACCUUUGUCACGCAUCGAGGGCUUUAUCGUUACAAGCGGUUGAUGUUUGGCGUAACGUCGGCGCCGGAGAAAUAUCAGCAGAUCAUUAGAGAUGUGUUAAGGGGUUGUGCUGGGGUUGCCAACAUUGCGGACGAUCUCAUUGUUCAUGGGUGUGACGUGGAGGAACAUGACAAGCGUCUUUUUGCGGUGUUAGAUAGGCUGAGUGAAGUGGGGUUGACGGUGAACGGAGACAAGUGCGAGUUUAGAUUGUCAAGGCUUACGUUCUUUGGUCACGAGCUGACUAGUGACGGCAUAAACCCAUCCGAAGAGAAGAUUGCUGCUAUAAGAGAUGCUAGAUCUCCCAAAGACGCAAGUGAAGUGCGAUCGUUUAUGGGUCUUGUCCAAUAUUCCGCUAAGUUCAUGCCUGACGUGGCGUCCGUGGCCAAGCCUAUUCAAGAGUUAACCAGGAAGGGCAUCGUGUUUCACUGGGGUAAAGAGCAGCAAACAGCCUUUGAGGAACUGAAGCGUCUAAUCACCCAGGCAGAGACACUGGCUUAUUUUAAGGUUGGCUGCAGAACGCGAAUCAUUGCCGAUGCGUCUCCAGUUGGAUUAGGAGCGGUUCUCACCCAGCAGCAGGGGGGAAUGUGGAGAGUUGUCUCCUACGCGUCGAGGAGCCUAACUGACGUGGAACGACGCUACAGCCAAACAGAGAAAGAGGCACUUGCCUUGGUUUGGGCGUGUGAACGGUUCAACAUGUACGUUUCCGGACAGAGCUUCGAGUUGGAAACAGAUCACAAGCCUUUAGAGCGUGUCUACUCGCGCACUUCAAAGCCUUGCGCCCGAAUAGAGAGAUGGGUCUUAAGACUACAAGGGUACGAUUUUAAAGUGGUGUACCGCCCAGGGAAGACAAAUAUAGCCGACGCGUUGUCCCGUUUGAACUCCUUGGAUCAAGUGGACCAUGGAGAAGACUACGACUUUGUCAGAGCCAUUGCUAUAAGCUGUAUACCCAUUGCUCUAUCACCUACAGAAAUUGAAGAAGCUUCCUAUUUUGACGAAGAAUUGACGAUAGUAAAGAGUUGCGUGAGGUCAGGGGACUUGGACCGGUGUACACUUCCCUCGUAUGCACAAGUCAAGGACGAAUUAUGCGUCUAUGGUGAGCUAUUGCUUCGCGGCACAAGGAUUGUGGUUCCCAAGCUCCUGCGCGACAGGGUGGUGCGGCUGGCACACGAAGGGCACCAGGGUAUAGUGAAGACGAAGCAUCGGCUCCGUAGUAAAGUUUGGUGGCCGGGAAUGGACAAGGAAGUUGAGAAAUUUUGUAAAGUUUGUCAUGGCUGCCAGGUCACUUCUGGAUUUAACCCUCCUGAGCCGAUGUCCCGCGUUCUUCCUCCAAGUGCUCCUUGGCAGGAUUGUGGAGCAGACCUGCUGGGACCCCUACCCACAGGGGAGAGUAUUUUGGUGGUGAUCGAUUACUACAGUCGUUUCUUAGAAGUUGCUAUUCUGAAGUCUACUACAAGUGCCAAGGUCAUCGAAGCACUUGCACCCAUGUUUGCCAGAUUCGGUUUUCCGUUCUCUUUAAGGACAGAUAAUGGGCCCCAGUUCGUAUCCGAAGAAUUUGAAGCAUAUUUACGCGCAAAUGGUAUUGAGCACAGGAAAAUGACGCCGUUGUGGCCUCAAGCUAAUGGAGAGGUGGAACGCCAAAAUCGCUCGUUACUUAAAUGUCUACAGAUUGCACAUUUAGAAGGAAAGAACUGGAGAACUGAAUUGCUUGUAUGGUUGAUGGCGUACAGAUCCACUCUGCAAACGACGACGGGGACUACCCCCUGUUACAUGAUGUUUGGCCACGAGGUUAGGUCCAAAUUGCCAGAGUUAAGGAGAGAGACGGUCGGGGUGCCAGGCGAAGAAGUGCGAGAGCGGGAUUGGUCAAGUAAAUUAAAGGGCAAAGCUUAUGCAGAUCUCAAGAGAGGUGCCACGCCCAAGAGCAUACGUGUUGGUGACACAGUACUUUUGAAAGCCGAGAAAACGAACAAGCUGUCUACCAACUUCAACCCUGCUCCUUUUAAGGUGGUUCAGAGGACAGGAACAGAGGUAACGCUUAGGAGCGAAGCUGGUGUGCAACUGAAAAGGAACACUGCUUUCGUAAAGAAGUACAACGAUGGUGUAUCCAAUGGCAACGGAGACCAAGUGGUACAAGCAAUUUCUACAGUACAGACAGAUGAGCCAGGGCCAAGCAGAGUUCCGGAGACGACAGAGGUAUCAGGGCCAAGCGGAAUUCCAGGGACUACAGGAGUAUCUGAGAAUUCCCAAGUACAAGCUGGGCAUUCUACCGAAAAGAAAGAUAACGCAGCGGAAAGGCCUGUGCGGAGGUCGACCCGAACUAUAAGACAGCCUGCGCGCUAUAAAGACUUUGUCCUGGAUGUUUAGGACUUCUUCUUUUUUUUUUCCCUGUUUUGUCCAGUUUAAUUCAAAGACUUUGUUUUGCUGAACAUUUAGGGUUUUUGCAGCUUUUAAAAACUGCCUUCCUGCUAAAUUUGAUCAAAGAAGGGAAUGUAGUGUAUACUAUGCUAAUGCAAGCGCGUAGAAGCGAGAGAAUGAAUGUGAUGUAAUACACACGGGAAUUACGUAAUUUGCAUGUACUAUAGACAGCGUGUGUUGUAAUUUAUUCGAGUCAGUUAGCGUUCUGAGUUCGGAGUGUAACGGUCGUGAAUAAAGUGUGUUUUAACCUAACCGCGGUACUACAGAUACCUCAUUCCUCCAAUAAUUGUACCUCAAUGUUUGAACUUAUAAAGAAUUUCUGUUAUCCAUAACAACUUUAAAUGGCUGAAUAAUCGAAUCAGGGGGAUGAAGAGGAAUAAUCCGGUGUUCAUUAUUCCAGCUGGAAAUUUACGUUAUUCCAUUAUUAGUCGAGCUUGCUUUAGCAGAGCGAGACUCUAAAAAUGCAGUCGUUUCUUUUUUCUUGUCGGUGGGACCUAGUUUGUAGGCCACGCGUUCCUAGCGAAGACCGUGGAAACUGGGGAUAAGAAUCGUGGCGACUUUCACUGUAUGCAAAUGAGUCUCCUAAUGAGCAUUCGGUAUAUUUUCGGCGAUGACUGAAGUUUGGCACUGAUGUAAUUUUCCUCGAAUGGAGGCCCUUGAUUUUCGUGUAAUUAUGCACGACAUGCAGGCACUGAUUAAAAAGGAAAUAUCCCCAAGUAGGGUGAGAAAAUAUUAUAGCGGGGAAAUCCUACUUUGUGGUGUUUUAAGGCGUUACGUUUCUCAGAAUAUUGCCUCAAUUACUUUCGGAAAUCUACGGUAAAAUAGAUUCACUUUGUUUUAUGUAUUUAAUUGAUAGAUUUUCGCAGUUGUUAAGAUGUGAAGUCGUGUUGCACUUUAUAAAUACUUGAGAUAUCAAGUAUCUUUUACGUGCGUACGUGCGUAAGAUUUGCGUUUGCAAAUAAAAUAGAGGCAAUGUAUGAAAGAUCGCAGUUACAAUUAUGUAAGCGUUAAAGGAGAAACUCGCUCAACAACGCAGUGCGAAUUGGUCCUCCGCAAAUUGUGCCUGUGAGGAAGUUUGGGAUGAAGGUAUCAUUUUUUUUUCAAGUUUUAGCCUUAAAAUUGUCAAAAUAAAUCAUAUUGUGGCGCACUGCGCUGAAAAACUUUGUUAUCUUCAUAUCUAUAAAUGUGCCACUCCACUGUAAAAAAUAUACAUUUGGUUAGAGUGUAGCGUAGGUUAGCUCCAAAAUAGUAACGUAGACCACACCCUGAAAUUCUUCACAUUUCACGAAUUCCACGAAACUUACCAAGAUAAAAAUAUUUUUUUUCUUUUUUAUGCAUAAUGAUUUAUCACACCGUAAAAUUUUAAGACAGUCUGACAAAUCCUUCAUCCAAUUUUGUAUUCACAAACCUGAGGUAAAAAGGGCCAAAUUAGCCUCCGGUGUGAUAAUUCGUGCGCAUUUUAGGUAUUUCACCCCUAUUUUAUUUACGUGAUUAAAAUUUACGUGUGUUAACGUGCGGAGCCAAAAAUACGUCAGUGGAAAUCCACCCUAACGUUACGUAUGUGUCACGGAUGUGUUUAUACGGGUAGCUUUGAACUUGACUAUCCGCGCAACUACUUGCAGCACUUCAUGUCCAUAGAAUAGAAAUCCCAUAUCGAGCUUUUCCGGAGCGGGUUGGUCCAAGAAUUCUAUCGCUUGAAUGUGUUGAUUAUUUUGGAACAACAACUGAUCACUUCAGUGGUCGAAAAUAAAAAGAAUAAUCUUAAUCAGCAAAACUUCAAGGUUUACUGGAAAAUCAGGAUCGAGGAUCGAGGAUCGAGGAAUUAGGGAUUCAGGAUCGGUUAAAAAGCACUUGAAAGUAAAAUGAAUAAAUAAAUGGUGGAUCAGUGGUGAUGUGGGCCGCAGACUGUAGAUAAAUUUCACAGAACAUAACCCCGUUGGCUGUACUGAACACUAAAUUCAAGUAAACUAAUCCGAGUCUGUCUGAGUCAGUGAUUGUUUUGACGAGAAAGUGAAAUUUUCCUGGAAAAUGAAACGCUUUAUCCCAGUGAUACUGUAAUAAAAGAAAAAACUUAAACAGUUUUUAAUUUUUUAAUUGUACAUUUGCUUUCAGUACUCCAUAUUUUUCUUGUAAUUGUUGUAUGCACGACCCCACCAGCAAUGUUGAUAUUUUUAUCGUGCUAAAAUAAAGUUCUGAUCUAUCUAAAAUGCAUGCUGUGCACAACUCUAAACAUUGUACUCUGAGACUGUACGAAAAUAUUAAAAGUAGAUACUAAGCAGCUAUGGAAAAUGUAAUUAUUUUCACGCGGUAUUGAUAUCUUAUAAAGAGGACAACAAAUUCAGCAGGAAUACGUACGCGCGAACUGAAUUAACUUUGUGUUGUAUAAGGUUCUGUUAAACUUACACAUUUUUCCUGUGCUGAACAUAUACUGUACCGAGCCGUACUUUGGUCCGGUACAAAGAAGCUAUGAAUAUUUAUACUGACAGAUUCAUGGUCCCCUAAUACCGAUAAAAAUCAUCGGUGAAUUUUGGGGAGUGUAAAAUUCCCGAAAGAGUACUCCUCAAAAGAGCAAAAUCAAUAUGUAGAAGGUUUUCAAAAGGUUUCACACCAGUUUGAGGCUAAGUUGUGCGGCCUGUCUCUCCUUGCAAUUUUUACUUUUUGAGUAUUUACAUUAUGACAUAUAACACUCGUUUUGUAUUCCAAACGAAAAAGUAGGAUAACAGCACCGGUGCCUUUGACAACAAAACUUAUCUCCAAGCAAGCGAGACUCACCUUACUAGCAGCGUUCUUGUUCCAGUAAAAAAGAACUCAUUAUUCCGUCGAAGAAACCUACUUUUUCAAUUAUUUUGCCCCAGAAAAUGGCGUUAUUUCCUUUUUUCUUACUCUACUAUUUCUCUUCACCCCCAAAAUCGAGCCAGCUACCGUACGUCUUUUAGAAUCAGAAUCAACAGUUCUUUUGUUUGUUUGUUUUUUGUAAUCUGCUACAGGUUGGUGAUCCAAACGAAGACAGUGUUAGUGAACUCAGAUUAACAGGACCUGAUCAUGAGUUAGUGGUUGAUACUACUUCACCUUCAGAGGAGAUCAAGGAUCGAACUGUAAAUUUAAUAAAGUACAUGAAAGGUGAAGAUGUUAAGCCUGAGGAAUCUGUUGUCAGUAUUGAACUGUGGGAUUUUGCUGGACAACACCUGUAUUAUGCAUCCCAUCCUGUAUUUUUAUCAUCACGUGCGCUGUACAUCUUGGUGUGCAACCUCAGCAAGUCACUGCAUGACACAGCCAAACCCUGUGUGAGACAAGGGUCUCGUAAUGUUCCUUUGGAAAACCCAAAUGGAGAAACAAAUCUUGAGAAUUUGUUGUCUUGGCUGUCCACUGUGCAUAGCGUCGCACAGAUGAGAAGAGAAACCUGUGAUGAUGAAGAAGAGGAGGUGCCUCAUUAUUUGCGUCCCCCAGUGAUCAUUGUAGGAACCCAUGCAGACAAACCAUUUGAAGACAUUGAAACAAUGAAAACAGAAAUCCAGAACGCAAUUGCUGGUAAGGACUAUGAAGGGCAUGUGGUGCGGCCUAUCUUCAGCAUUGACAACACUGCAAAAUUAACUCAAAGAAAGAUCAAGAAAAAAGUUUUCGGGAAAGAUAAAAACAUAGAUAAGAUCCAAGCUCUACAAGUGAAAAUCUUGGAAGUGCUAAGACAGGAGCCUUACAUUGGCGAGAGGAUACCUGUGAGGUAAAUAAUGGUUAUACAAGAACAGAAUCCAUUAAAGUAAAUAUUGAAAAUAAUUUCAAGGGUUGAGUUGUGAACGCACUGAAAUUACGGUUUAUGUGUAUUGCGUUUGUUUCCGCCAGUCCUGGUAAGAUUAUUUUUUUGAUAUGUGUUUCAGGUCUCAUCAUUAACUCGUUGACUAUGACGCUAUAUAAAAGUGUGACCGCAAAACAUCUAAAGGCUGGUUCACUGUAUAGUCCUUUACUUUGGUUAAAAAAAAUUACAGCGUGCACAGAAAAAGUUCAGUGAUUCCUGAAUGAACCACCUGGCGGUCAUAAGAAAUGAAUAUCUCGUUGCUUCGUCGUGUAGAAUUCCCGGUCCAUUGAGGUCAACAAAAAAUUUCCCGUCCGGGUGGGGGUUAGUAUUUUGCUGUUUUUAUCCUUGACACUUCUAAAUGAAGCAUUAAUGAGGUAAAAACAACAAAACGGUCAAGGAGUACUGGAAACAAGUUUGAAAAAUAAAAAAGAUGGCGGCCGAAACGCGGAGAAUUUUUUUGGCUUUCAAAAACGUUUUCUGGGCGUUUUCUUCGCGCUGGCUACCCCUCACGGGUUCAGGUCAAAUUCAAAGGAAAACAAAAAACCCAGUUUUAUCACAUUCCUUGGUUUAAAAGACUGUGGUGGUUUUAAAGGCAGACGAGAGAUGGCACGAUAUCAGGUUGUACCGUUCGCGAUUUCUGCAAACUUUGGUUGUAAUCUUUCCGCGAAAGUCUACGCAAGUGAAAAUCCAUACAAAAAUGGCGAUUUUUUAGUUGGUUUUUAGCGCGAAAAACCCAGUGAAAUCCGAUAAGCUGGCAUUAAUCGAAGGUAAGAUCUUGAAUUUGAUGUUUUUUGAUAUUAAUAUUCCGGUGGUACCCAUUGAGAUUUGGCUACGAGUAACUCACAAUCAGAGACAAAAAACUCUCAAAGUCGCUUCAGUCUUAUUAUUCCGCCAUAUUUUAAAGACCAAAUCGUGGCUCGAAUGCGGCUCUAGCCUGUUAAAUUCCCGGAUGUGACCGGGCAUUCUACGCGAUGUGAAACACGUUAACCAUGAAAAGCACUUCUGACUGGGCUUAAGGAGUAUUCUGCCCUGAAGGGUUUGAUAAUCUUAUUUUGAAUUGGCCGAAAAGCACUGUGUACAUUUCAUUGUCGUUUUAGAAAGAUAAAGUAAAGUGGAUCACACACCCGUUCAAUCUGUAGUAAACUGCAUAAUACAGGGUGAACAUUCAGAACAUGACCAGCUGUAUUAGUUAAGAUUAUUUAAGCUUAUAUUUAUCUCAUUUUAACUUAAGAAAGACCAUUAAUACCAACUAAUAAAAAAUCUUCAUGGUUUUUCACAUCUCAGCAGUCAUGUUUUGGAGCACUUGCAUGCUUCUGGCACCGGUUGUUCAAACGAUGAAUCACUAUCAAGCGGAAAAAAUAUCAGUAAACCUAAUGGCACUAUCCACUAUUUAUCCAGUGAAAAGGUUUAUCCACCUUUCGCACAACUGGGCCCUGUACUUUAGUCAGCACAGGUAUACUGUGUUGUCACAGACAUGACUUUGUAUACUUUAACACGCGCCAUCAGUUUUCUCUUUGGUUUUGUAAACUAGGUGGCUGAGCUUUGAGAAAGUCAUCGACGCUUUGCUUUCCAAGCCAGUUUAUUACCUGAGUAUAACAAAGCUACGGACCCAUGCCAAGGAGAAGUGCUUCAUCAGUGACGAUGAAGAGUUUACCACCAUGGUGAAUUUUUAUCAUGACCUGGGGAUAAUUAUCAAGCACCGUAGCACAGUCACCUUGAGUGCCAAGUGGCUUAUAGACUUGUUCGGGCAGCUGAUCACUAUUCCAGAUUUUACGAAAAUGGUAAGAAAUACAUUUUAAACGUGUUUUCAAACUUACAAUGCUUUGUAGUGGCCCCCAUUUUGGAUGACAUCACGGGUGUCAAACCGUGCCUUAACAAAUAAAAAUGAUUAUGUCACGUGCAUUGCACGCUAUCUUUCGUGUGUGACAUCAGCACAAUCUACCUUUAAAGGGGUGCAAUGGAAGUACAUUGCAUGACUUGUAGAAUUAUCCUCAAAUGUAGUCUUAAAGGAACGUCUCACAACAAAAAAGAGUGGAAAGAUACAUAUAUGUGUGCUGAAACCAGCGACUCUUUAUGUCGAACAAUCAGAACGCACUUUUAUAGUUUCUGGAAGUGAAAUUUGGACCUUGAGAAUUUUCCGGAGAGUAAACCAAAUAGAGGAUUCUGGCAUUUACGUGACGCUUUAAAGAGCAUUCUAUAGAUUUGAAAUCUGAGGUCUGUUUAAAAGGCUAUGAUCUUUUUUCACCCCCAGAAAGAUUUAUUCACAGUUAUACUUUCUAGUCAGUCUUUCGUAACUUUCAUUUUACACGUGUCCUCACACAAAUCCCCAAAUUGCAAGGAAGAAAGUUUUCCUUGAAUGUUUACUUAAAAUGUUUAGUAGCUUAUUUCUUUUAGAGAACUUGCUAAACUUUAUUAGUAUAACAUUUAGAAAUGUAAAAUGAUCCUGGAAGAAAGCUAUUUUGAAUAGUUUUGUGAUCAUUCAAUCAAUCAAAUCAAUCAAUCAAUCAGUCUUUAUUCUUCGUAAGAUAAAAAGACAUAUCUUAAGUUACAUCAGCAGUUAGGAUUCUAAAAAUACAUACGACAUACUGUAUACAAAUAAUAGAAAGAUUAAAGAUUAUAUCUAAAAAUAAGCCUAUUUACAAAAACAUUCUUAAAUGUAUCAGUCUUUAUAUCCGAGCGAUGAGCACUUUUGUUUCUGAGUUGUUGCUUUGUUUCUUUUUUCUUCGGAAUGAUGUUACUAAGCUGGCAAUCGGGAUCCACUGAUUAUCUGCCUUUUCUAAAAUUUCUCGAAUGUCCAUUCUCUUAGAUGUGUAUUUCCUUUUAAAACAUCUAUCCAAAACGUUUUGUAUGACCGUGAGAUCUGAGUCUACAGCACUAUAAACAGGCAGACCAUAAGUGAAAUUCGGUAAAACUAAGGCGCUAAAUAGGUGGCUACUUCAACUUGACUAAAACCUUCCAUCCGUAAAAAAUCUUAAUACAAACAGACACUAACAGUAUUUGCCUUAAUCAACUUAGCACGUACGUAUUCGCUAUAUUUACAAUUCUCCUAAAACCUAACACCUAAAAUGAGCAGUGAAUGUUAUUAACUUGCACGAUAUCCUGAAUAAAACCUUUCUUGCGAAAAAUAAUUUCUUUACAUUCCUCUUUCUAUUCCGUCUUAGGUCCCUAAGUUUGCAAAGCACUGGAAGGAGGUCGAAGAAAGCGGUGUUCUCAGCAUGGAACUGCUUGAUCAUGUGUUUUCCAAAUUUCUUCUGGAGGGCGUUGCCAGGAAAGACAUUCUGGAUUUGAUGGAACAAUUUGGAUUGAUUGCAAAAUUUUCAUCUUUAAAGACAGGUGAAAAGUAUUUCGUUCCAUCUCAACUCAAAGCUUCGCCUGAUUCUCUUUGUUCCAUGGCGCCCUCAAGGCUGGACCCUUGUCCUCUGUUUCUUUACUUUGUCAGCGGUUCUGUUCCCCAUGGUCUGUUCACUCGGCUUGUUUCUCGAUCUGUCCGUUGGUGUUCAGAGGCUGGUCCAACUCAGCCCCCUACCCUGUACCAAAAUGGAGCGUGGUUUAUCAUUGGGAAGCAAACUUUCCAUGAUUUUGUUCUUAUUUGUAAGAAGCAGUUUAUUAAGUUUUUUAUCAAGCAAAGAAACCAACUUCAGCAGAUCUCGGUGGAUGGCACAAGUGAGGUAGCAGUGCAUGUUCGUGAGUUUGUGGAGGCAACUUUGCAAACUUUGUCUCGUGAUCUCUAUAAAGGUGGAUUGCAGUAUCAUAUUCGGGUCGCCUGUCCGUAUUGUCAGCGGGAAAAGUGUUCAAGGCAUGAUCAGAUUGCAUGUUCUCAUGAAGAUUGUCUUCAUCUCCUUGAGUUAAGACAAGGCGAUCCUCUGAUUUGCAAGAAGAAACCUGUUGAGGAGGUACUCACAGUUAAGGGACAGCAAAAGUGGUUCUCGCAAACAGAAAGUAAGGUAGGUAGCAGUGAAAUGCGAUCUCUAGCAGUAGUCUUAGCAAAUUUCAUAUAGCAAGUGAAUACACAUACUACUCAUAAAAAAUUAUGUCCUUAAAAGAUGGCCAUCUAUUUAAAAUAAAAAGGUUUCAACAAAGUCUAUGCAUGUGGUUUGUCAGGUUAUAGUAUGAUGUACAACGUAUGCCUUCAUUUAUCCUACCACAAGCCUCCUUGCAGUGUAUGAGAUGGCUUUGUUGCCGUCAACUUAACGAACAUUGGUUCUUAAUAUCAAGUCGGUUGAUAAGGUCAAUUGGCUACCAUCUAUUACUAAUUGUUAUUGGCCUGUUGGCAUUAAGCAGUGGGUAUAUAACUUUUUCUCAAGUCCUUUUAAUGUGCUGUUUUGCUUUAAUGUUGAGUAAUAAGUUUAUAGCAUCUAACGUGUUGAUAACAUGUUUUGCAAACUUUCACUUCAAAAUGUAGAAACCCCCAGAUGUAAAAGUUUAUAUUUUAAAGUGCGCAAUUUUUGUUGCUAUGCAGGAGGCGUGUACUCAAUCAUCAUCACCUGAUACUGCACAAGCUCAUCCAGAGAGUCUUGUACUAAGAGUUGCCCUUCUCGCGAAUGAGUGGGGGUCGUCCAAGGGUGGCUUGUCAACGAUAAACAGAACUCUUGCCAUACAUUUGGCAAAAGACGCAAACGUAGAAGUCACCAUUCUUGUACCUGAAUUUGAGUGUGGCGAAGAGGAUAAGAGAGCUGCCGAAAGUCACAACAUUGCCAUCCGGGAAGUAGAGCGCCUUCCUGCCUUCAGUGAUCCUCUUGACUGGUUGAGUUUUCUACCAGAUGACCUUGACAUUCAGGUUGUGAUCGGCCAUGGAGCAAAGCUUGGCAGACAAGCACAAAUUAUUAGAAAGUCCCAUCGAUGCAAGUGGGUGCAGGUUGUUCACACUGAGCCUGAAGAGCUGGGGAUGCAUAAGAACUAUCCAAGCGCCAUUGCCAAGGGGGAAGGGAAGAACAGAGCUGAAGUUGACCUUUGUCAAAUUGCAGAUCUCGUUGUAGCCGUUGGACCCAAGUUGAAAGAAGCGUUCUCGUCCAAGUUGCGUUCAUCUCGUCGAGAUAUCCUUCAACUGAUACCAGGUUCCUUCGCAGAGUUUUCAAGCAUUGAACAUGCUGUACAAGAAAGUGUAAAUUUCAAAGUGUUAGCCUUCGGUCGCGGUGAUUUCGAAGACUUUAGUCUUAAAGGAUACGACAUUGCCGCUCAAUCCAUAGUUGAAUUGAAGGACAGUUCCUAUAGUCUUGUUUUCGUUGGUGCAUCCGAUGGAAGGCAGGAUGAAGUCGCAGAAAUCUUACUCCAGACUGGCAUUUCAAAGAACCAGCUGAUUGUCAGAUCAUUUGUGAAAGACAAACAAAGAUUGAGAGAGUUGUUUUGUGAAGUCGAUCUGGCCAUCAUGCCAUCAAGAACUGAGGGGUUUGGUUUGACAGCAUUGGAAGCCAUGUCAGCUGGUCUUCCCAUUCUGGUAAGUGGAAACUCCGGAUUUGGAAAAGCCCUGCGUGGUCUUCCAAUGGGUGAAUCAUUUGUGAUCGACUCUGAUGACCCCAAGGAAUGGGCAAAGGCAAUUGCAGCCAUCCGUCAAAAAUCAAGGACACAGCGGCUUGAGGAAAUCCAAAGACUGCGAAGAUGUUAUGAUGAAAGAUUCUCUUGGGAGAGACAGUGCCAGGCCCUUGUUGACAGGAUGUGGACGAUGGUUUAUGGUAAGAAAUCAAAUUUACCGAUAGUAAAGUAA